AUGACGGGAACAGCAGAAGCAGCGUCAAGCUCCAACGAUGCCGCUGCGGCCGCCCAGCGCGCGUCCGAGCAAGCCAGACUCCGCCGGGAGCGCCGAGAGGCCAAAAUCAAGGCCGGCGGUGCAGCUAGACUAAGCAAGAUCAAUGGCAUGGCCGGCCGCGUUGUUCACGAUGACGACCAAGCUACACCCGCCGCGGCAGACAAACCCACCACGCCAUCGAAACCUCAAACCCACGGUGACCCCGACGAAGUCGACAUCUCGCAACACUUUUACACACCGCAAACCACAGCCCGCCCUGCACCCGCAUCCUCCUCCCCCGGCCCCGAAGCAGCCAUCUCUGAGGCCCAACUCCGCCAAAUGAUGCUCGGCUUCGACCGGCCUUCCAACCCCAACACCCCCGGGUCCUCGACGCCCAGCAGCAUGCCCAACAUGGACGACGACCCCCUCAUGAAGAUGAUGACCCAAAUGAUGGGCCAAGCCGGCGCCUCGCCCUUCCCCGGAAUGCCCCCCAUGCCGGGACAGCAAGCACCACAAGCAGCCGCCGCCGCCUCCGCGCCGUCCGCCUACCACACAACCUGGCGGGUCAUCCACGCCCUCAUCGCCCUCAGCCUGGGCCUCUACCUCACUCUUUUCACCACCUUUGCCGGCACCAAGACGGAGCGCGACGCCGCGGCCCUGGCGCACGUGCAGCACACGCCUGCCGAUGAUGACAACGAGCACCACAAGCGCACCUUCUUCUGGAUAUUUGCCACCUCCGAGGCCGUCUUGCUCACGACACGGGUGUUCCUGGACAGGGGCCGCGCACCGCCGCCGGGCAUCCUGUGGACGAUAGUGGGGUACCUCCCGGAGCCGAUCCGGGGCUACGUGAGCGUCUGCUUGAAGUAUGGCCAGAUUUUCACCACUGUGAGGACAGAUAUAUUGACCUGCAUGUUUGUUUUGGGCGCGUGCUCUUGGCUGAGGGCAUGA